UAUUUAACAGUAACCUAUCAUUUGUUUUGUGUUGUUUUCGUCGCUGCAGGUAUGCAGUCCAUAUCUCUGUCUUGGUGAUGGUCUGCUACAGGAUUCUGGUCACAGCUGACAUCCACAACAUUCACAGGUAUACUAUGAUCACGGCCGUCAGCUACCUCGCAGUGUGUCAGGUGAGCAGAGUCUUCAUCUAUAACUAUGGGAUCCUCUCAACAGACUUCUCUGGGCCGUUGAUGAUAAUUACCCAGAAAACCACUAUGUUAGCUUUUCAAGUGCAUGAUGGUAUGUGUAAAAAGCGCGAGGACCUCACAGCCAAUCAGAGGCUCCAUGCUGUAGACUCCAAGCCGUCUCUGAUAGAAUACCUGAGCUACAACCUGAACUUCCUCAGUAUCCUGGUCGGACCCUGCAGUCACUAUAAGGACUACAUAGACUUUAUAGAGGGGAGACACGUUCAGAGGAGGCUGAGAAGGCUUUCAGCGUCCAACACUGGACAGAAUGGAUAUGAUAAAGUCUCAGAGCCCUCACCUAUGGCUGCUGUCACACGUAAACUGCUGAUCUGUGGCGUGUGCAUGGUUUUGUUCCUAACCCUCACCAAAGCGUUCCCCGUCACGUAUAACGUUGACAGCCAUUUCGUCAACGAGGCACCUUUCCUGACCAGACUGACGUAUGCCUUCUUCUCUAUACAAGCCGCUAGACCCAAGUUCUACUUCGCCUGGACUUUAGCGGAUGCCAUCAACAACGCAGCAGGUUAUGGUUUUAAAGGUGUGGAUGAAGCUGGACAGGUGUCCUGGGACCUCAUCUCCAACAUCAGUAUCUGGGGGAUUGAGACAGCAACUAGCUUCAAGAAGUUCAUAGAUAACUGGAAUAUUCAGACUGGUGUUUGGCUCAAAACUGUGUGUUACGACCGUGCUCCCUGUUACCCCACAGCUCUGACCUUCAUCCUGUCAGCUCUAUGGCAUGGAGUUUACCCCGGAUACUACUUCACCUUUAUUACUGCUAUACCCAUCACACUGGCAGCUAGAGCUGUCCGUAAGAACGUCCGUCAGUAUUUCCUGUCCUCUCAUCCUGUGAAGCUUGUCUAUGACGUAGUGACCUGGGCAGCUACUCAGCUGUGUAUCUGCUACACCGUCAUGCCCUUCCUACUGCUGGCAGUAGAACCUACCAUGCAGUACUACAGGUCAAUGUACUUCCACAUUCACAUCAUCAGUAUUCUGACUGUGAUUGUACUGAGCCAGAGCCACAAACCAAGAGGCAGCAGCAGCAGCAACGGCACCAAGCCUGGACCGUACGAUCCUCAUCCCCAGGCCCAGCCUCAGCUCCAGCCCUCCAACAACAACGUGAAAAGAAAGUGAAGUGUCCCUCUGUGUGUGGAGGCAGCCAGAGACCUGAAUGGGCCCACUGGGUCAGACAAAGACGUCUCUGUGUGUCCACAACAAAGAGAGAGCUCAGCGGGGUGUAGGGGGGGUUCAGAGGGGCUCAGAGGGGCCGAGGGACUGUGCCUGCUGGCUGGUCGGCCUUGCCACCCUGUACAUCCAACACUUCUACUGCCAGGCUCCUAAAAGGCCUCUCUCUGCCCUGCUUGCCAAUUCUCUGUUCUUUCUCUCCAAGUGUGCACUUGUUCACUUCCCUUCAUGGAUCUGAAAGGGAAGGACUGGCAUACGAUCUCCCUCUAGUCCAGCCCAUAAACUCACCAAUACAACACUUUUAGUUCAAUGUGUGGGAAGCUGUGCACAAGUGAGAUGGUAUACUUCAGGAGAAAGAUCUGAGAAUUGGACAGACAGACAGAUAGAGACCCAGAGACAGACAGACAGACAGACGGACAGAGACCCAGAGACAGACAGACGGACAGAGACCCAGAGACGGACAGAGACCCAGAGACGGACAGAGACCCAGAGACGGACAGACAGACGGACAGAGACCCAGAGACGGACAGACAGACGGACAGAGACCCAGAGACAGACAGACAGAGACCCAGAGACGGACAGACGGACAGACAGAGACCCAGAGACAGACAGAGACCCAGAGACAGACAGAGACCCAGAGACAGACAGAGACCCAGAGACAGACAGACAGAGACCCAGAGACGGACAGACAGAGACCCAGAGACGGACAGACAGAGACCCAGAGACAGACAGACAGAGACCCAGAGACAGACAGACGGACAGACAGAGACGGACAGACGGACAGACAGAGACGGACAGACAGAGACCCAGAGACAGACAGACAGAGACCCAGAGACAGACAGACAGAGACCCAGAGACAGACAGACAGAGACCCAGAGACAGACAGACAGACAGAGACGGACAGACAGACAGAGACGGACAGACAGAGACGGACAGACAGAGACCCAGAGACAGACAGACAGACAGACAGACAGAGACCCAGAGACAGACAGACGGACGGACAGGUCCUAGAAUUAGAUGUGGCUGGUCCAUUUCUUUUACAUCUUACAUCACUAGUUGUAGAUAUCAUGUGAAACAUGUUCAUACCCUUAUGGGUUAGUGAGAUAUUAAUGGUGUCUGUUUAUUGUUGUAUGAAUGCAGGAAACAUUAUCCCUCAGGAUGGCACGUAGCCUCGAGGUUAGAGUGCUGGGCCAGUAACAGAGAUGAAAAAUCUGUCGCUGUGCCCUUGAGCAAGGCACUUUAAACCUAAUUGCUCCAGGGGCUCAGUACAAUGUUGACCCUGACCGUGACCCCACUCCCUGCAGGUGUCUUAGGGGGAGUUGGGAUAUGGUGACCCUGACCGUGACCCCACACCCUGCAGGUGUCUCAGGGAGUUGGGAUAUGGUGACCCUGACCGUGACCCCACUCUCUGCAGGUGUCUUAGGGGGAGUUGGGAUAUGGUGACCCUGACCGUGACCCCACUCUCUGCAGGUGUCUUAGGGGGAGUUGGGAUAUGGUGACCCUGACCGUGACCCCACUCCCUGCAGGUGUCUCCGGGGGGGGGAUAUGCAAGAAAUACACUUGUGUGUGACAGGACAAAUACACACCCCCCCCCACAAUCCUUUCAAAAGAUUUGUCCCAAAUGGCACCCUAUUCCCUUUCUAGUCUAGAUGGGUCCUGGUCCAGAUGGGCCCUGGUCUAGAUGGGCCCUGGUCUAGAUGGGUCCUGGUCUAGAUGGGUCCUGGUCUAGAUGGGCCCUGGUCUAGAUGGGCCCUGGUCUAGAUGGGUCCUGGUCCAGAUGAGUUCUGGUCCAGAUGGGCCCUGGUCCAGAUGGGCCCUGGUCCAGAUGGGCCCUGGUCCAGAUGGGCCCUGGUCUAGAUGGGCCCUGGUCUAGAUGGGCCCUGGUCUAGAUGGGUCCUGGUCCAGAUGAGUUCUGGUCCAGAUGGGCCCUGGUCUAGAUGGGUCCUGGUCUAGAUGAGUUCUGGUCCAGAUGGAACCUGGUCUAGAUGGGUCCUGGUCCAGAUGAGUUCUGGUCCAGAUGGGCCCUGGUCUAGAUGGGCCCUGGUCUAGAUGGGCCCUGGUCUAGAUGGGUCCUGGUCUAGAUGAGUUCUGGUCCAGAUGGGCCCUGGUCUAGAUGGGCCCUGGUCUAGAUGGGCCCUGGUCUAGAUGGGCCCUGGUCUAGAUGGGUCCUGGUCUAGAUGGGCCCUGGUCUAGAUGGGUCCUGGUCCUGGUCCAGAUGGGUUCUGGUCCAGACGGGCCCUGGUCCAGAUGAGUUCUGGUCCAGAUGGGCCCUGGUCUAGAUGGGCCCUGGUCUAGAUGGGUCCUGGUCCAGAUGGGUCCUGGUCCAGAUGGGUCCUGGUCCAGAUGGGCCCUGGUCUAGAUGGGCCCUGGUCUAGAUGGGUUCUGGUCCAGAUGGGUUCUGGUCCAGAUGGGUCCUGGUCCAGAUGAGUUCUGGUCCAGAUGGGCCCUGGUCUAGAUGGGCCCUGGUCUAGAUGGGUUCUGGUCCAGAUGGGUUCUGGUCCAGAUGGGUCCUGGUCCAGAUGGGUCCUGGUCCAGAUGAGUUCUGGUCCAGAUGAGUUCUGGUCCAGAUGGGUCCUGGUCCAGAUGGGUCCUGGUCCAGAUGGGUCCUGGUCCAGAUAGGCCCUGGUCUAGAUGGGUCCUGGUCCAGAUGGGUCCUGGUCCAGAUGAGUUCUGGUCCAGACGGGCCCUGGUCCAGACGGGCCCUGGUCCAGACGUGCCCUGGUCUAGAUGGGUCCUGGUCCAGAUGGGUCCAGAUGGGUCUUGGUCCAGACGGGCCCUGGUCCAGACGGGCCCUGGUCCAGACGGGCCCUGGUCCAGACGAGUCCUGGUCCAGAUGGGUCCAGAUGGGUUCUGGUCCAGAUGGGUCCAGAUGGGUUCUGGUCCAGAUGGGUCCAGAUGGGUCUUGGUCCAGAUGGGUUCGGGUCCAGAUGGGUCUUGGUCCAGAUGGGCCCUGGUCCAGAUGGGUUCUGGUCCAGAUGGGUCUUGGUCCAGAUGGGUUCUGGUCCAGAUGGGUCCAGGUGGGUCCUGGUCCAGAUGGGUUCUGGUCCAGACGGGCCCUGGUCCAGAUGGGUAUUGGUCGAGAUGGGUCCUGGUCCAGAUGGGUCCAGACGGGCCCUGGUCCAGAUGGGUCUUGGUCCAGAUGGGCCCUGGUCCAGAUGGGUUCUGGUCCAGAUGGGUCCUGGUCCAAAGCAGUGUAGUGUAUAGAGGAUAGGUGCCAUUCGGAACAUAGUUAUGAGGCUCUAGUUAGGAGCUGUUUGAAUCGUUUUUAACACUGGAUGCUGUGCAUCAGGUCUCCUAAUAUUCAUUUCAUGUGUCUCUAUGUAUUUGAGAGGACAAGUUUACUUUUAUUUGGCAGGAAGUUGAGAUUUAAUUAAUUUGUCCAUUUAAAAAAAUAUAUAUAUAUAAAUGUUGUAUUGAGUUUAAAGUCUUACAGUCUCAGAUGAGGUGCAGGAAGCACCAAUGACUUCUGAAGAGAAGUGUUUGGUUCUGUCCCGAAUGGCACCCUAUUGCCUGUGUAGUGCACUACCUUUUUAAACAGGGCCUUAUGGGGACGCAGACGUUGACUUUGUUUCAGGGAUGAUGUGGAAGUCUUCUAUGCCUUCUGUCCCGAAUGGCACCCUAUUGCCUGUGUAGUGCACUACCUUUUUAAACAGGGCCUUAUGGGGACGCAGACGUUGACUUUGUUUCAGGGGAUGAUGUGGAAGUCUUCUAUGCCUCAGAAGAAGGUCCAAGAUCUUCACACUACAAGAUCUUCAACAUUUCAAGUCCUGAAGCAGCUGAACCACUAAUGAUGCUAAUAUGAAGAGUGUCUGGACACUACACGCUACACACACACUACACGCUACACACACGCUAUACACACGCUACACACACACACGCUACACACACACACACACGCUAUACACACGCUACACACACACACACACACACACACACACACACACGCUACACACACACACCACACUACACACACACACUACACACUACACACACACUACACACUACAAUUCUAGUCAGGAUUCCAUAAACUGUUGAAUAGUUGUUUUUAGCACCCAGACGGUUUGAAUUUGUCUUUUUUGUUGUUGUUAUAAUUCCACCAAUCAAGUUACUAAACAAUAUUAAGAGCAAAAAAAAAAUAAAGAAAUAAAAAAUGAUCAA